CCUCAAACCCCUCAACGCCGGCGAGGCAAGCAAGCAUGCGUCCCCUGCCAAGCACGAAGGGUUCGAUGUAAUGUCGCGGAGGGCGGCCCUUGUGCAAACUGUCGCUGGCAUAAUGUCAAGUAAUGUCCAAUGGUCAUCGUCAAGCCUACCGGAAAACUUGCACAACGUAGAGAAGCUUGAGGAUACGGAGAUGCACGAAGAGAAAAACCAUCACAUUGAUCAGGAUGAUGAUCUUGAUUUCGAUCUUCCUCAUUUUAUCCAACCCUUUCCAGCAAACAUAAGUGCGGGGGAUCUCCAAUAUCUUCAAUUGAAGGGAGUGUUGGCUUUUCCUCCACUAGCAGUUCAAGACGCCUUUAUCGACGCAUAUAUAAGACAUGUUCAGCCUCGGUUUCAUUUAAUCAGUGUUACUGAUUUGUACCGAAUGGUGAAUCAUCGCAACGAGACAGGCCAGGAGAUAAGCCUGUUAUUAUAUGAUGCAGUACUAUAUGCUGCGGCUGCAUUUGUAGAUUUGCGUUUUAUUCACAAUGCUGGAUAUGCAUCGCGUAGAAUAGCGAGGAAACAUCUAUACGACAAGACUCGAUUGCUGUAUAAUAUUAGCUAUGAGAAGGACCAUCUCGUCGUGGUGCAGUCACUUUUACUACUGGCUGGCUGGUACCAAACGCCAAGCGAGCAUAAGGACAGCUGGUAUUGGGUCGGUCUGGCUAUAAGCACAGCGCAGAGCAUCGGAUUAGAUAAGGAUCAAACCGAGCAAACAGAAUCAUCCAUCGCUCGAACACAGUUGGGAAGACGAGUUUGGUGGUCAUGCUUAAUGCAUGAUCGCCUCAUUGCAUUAGGUCUUCGAUACCCUUCAAGGUUGAAAGAAGAGGAUUACGACGUGGAUAUGCUCCAUGAGACUGAUUUUGAGAUCCACGGCUUGGUUGAGCACGGCACCGCUCGCAGCAGCUUCCUUGGCCAAUACAUUAACCAACUUCCCCAGUUGGCUUCUAUAUGUAUAGCAAGGGCUAAACUGUGCGUGCUCAUCGGCGAAGUUCUCCAAGAGCAAUACUUUAUUCUUCCCUGCCAUGAUCCUACCCCAGACACCACAAAACGGUCUGUUCUCUUAUCACCAAGGAAGAAAUUCGAUAAUUACGACUCGGCAGGUUUAAUUUAUUCGGACUUAUGCAAUUGGAUGAGAGAACUACCUUACAGUUGCCACUCGAAUGGGCAUCUCAAACCGGCCGCUGACGCUGAAAAGACUCCGGCUUCAUUGCAGGGAAUCCUGCUCCAAAUGGAGUUUUACACUACCGUAUCCGCUCUGUUCCGACCUUAUAUCUCCCAAACAUUUAAGAACAAGACCUAUCUUUCAAUACAGGACCAGAAAUCGUGUCGCAACCGCGUGCGGGAUGCAGCCACGGAAGUCACCAGAUUGUUGACCAAUUUAAAACAAUCGGAUUUAUACAGAUACAUGCCCAGCACUGGGGUUUCUAUUACGGUCUCGGCAGCCGUUGUUCAUUUCGCGGACGUGAUAGGAUUCCCUUCAUCUAAUCAUGGAAAAGCGCUGGCAUGUUUCCAGCUUUGUAUAGUAGUCCUCGAUCGACUGCGGGAAAUCUACGUGGAGGCUGAUUAUGCCAGCAACUACCUGAGCAACAUAUCAAAGACUACUACGCGAUCCGCAUGCAUUGUA